AUCAGGCCUGGUCCUUAGUAAUUAGCUGCAUACAAAACAAUAAUGCAUGUAUGUGGUUAUUGUUAUUAUUAUAAUUACGCUAUUAUUGUGUAUAUUCUCCUCCCAUUUCCUGUUGAAAAACACUGCUGAAUGACUGGAUAAAAGAUGCUGCUAUACCAUGAAACAAUGACCUCAUAAUACUCAUAUACAGUUUCUGCUACACAGACACAUUCAGUGGAUUAUUCACUAUUGGCUGAUUAAUAAUAAACGCUUAUUGUGUACAGCCAGAAUGAGCUCCAAUGCAACUGUCCUCCAUCACUUUAAAGUCUCAACCAACCAUGGGAAAUCUACACUGGACAUUGUCAUCUACACCAUCAUUGUGCUCCUAGGCACCACUGGGAACUCGGUGGUCAUCUGGGUGGCCGGUGUCCGUAUUAAACCCAACGUCACCAACAUAUGGUUGAUCAACCUCGCCGUGUCUGACCUGAUCUUCUGCUUGUCACGAAUUGCCCAGCUCAUCAAAUACAUUUUCUUUGACCAAUGGCCUUUCGGAGUCUUUCUCUGCAAGUUUAAUGGCUUCGUCAAGUAUACCAACAUGUUCUGCAGUGUUUUUCUUCUGGCUGUCAUCAGUGUGGAUCGAGUACUCUGCGUGUGGCGCCCAGUGUUGACCAGGGAAAGACGGACAUUAUAUGCUGCUCGUGUGGUCAGUUUGGGGGUCUGGAUUAUGGCAAUGAUCUUCAGUUCACCAUUUUUUGUGUAUCGAGAGGUCAAUCUUGACCAGAACAACUUGAGCGACUGCUCACUAAAGGUAAAAUUAAAAAAGGAAGAUGGAAAUGCAGCAAAGUAUGCUUACUACUACAUUCGCUUCUUUUCCGGAUUUCUUUUUCCUUUCCUUGUGAUCUUCAUCUGCUACACGCUGACUGCUAUUAGGAUUCGCAGAACGAGACUCUCCGGCAAAUCAAGACCUCUUCGGAUUCUUGCUUUAGUAGUUUUAGCCUUUUUCUUCUGUUGGGCACCUUAUCACAUCCUAGGUCUUGUUAAGUUGAUGAAUAAAAACCAUCCGGCUGUAAAAAUGGGAUGGCAUAUGGCUUCAAACUUAGCCUAUUUUAACAGUUGUGUGAACCCAAUGUUGUACUUCUGCAUAGGACUGAAUCUCAGACAACGCUGCAAUCAAAACCUGUUAGGGGUUUUUCACAGAGCUCUUAAAGAAGAAGCCCAAACUUCAUCCCAGAACGGCACUACGUGUAUGGAGGAACGUUCAAACUGUGUUUUUAAAGCUGCGUGUACAGUUCACCAAACACCUGUAUGACUGAAGAUGAGAGGAGUAGUUCACCCAAUUAUAAAAAAUGCCCCAUACUGUACUCCAGAUUAACCAAUUUAUUUACAAUCCAGUGGGCAUUACAAACAAGUUUGACAAAGUAAACAAACAUAGCUGUGCAUUUAAAGGUCCCAUUCUUUCUGUGUUUUUGAAGCUUUGAUUGUGUUUACAGCACAAUAUAACAUGUGUUCAUGUUUCAUGUGUAAAAAACGCGGUAUUUUUCACACAAUUUACUUAUCUGAAUAGCAUGCCGUUAGCUUAGCUGGCGACUGACAUAUUCCUGUGGGCGGAGUUUUGCAGAAAACUGUUCUACUGACGUCAUUAAAGCAGGAAGUAGAGGGCUGUAGUCCAAACCGGCCGUUCGCUGUAGGCUUUGAAAUGGGAAUUCUGUUAAAGGAAAUAUUUCGACUGGCAGUGAACUUUGAGAUUUAUCAUUUUACAGGUAUUAUUUAUGCUAUUAUAGCAACAUUACACACUAACUGGGUUAAAAAAUGGGAUCAGAAAGAAUGUGACCUUUAAUAACAUUUGAUGUUAUGUAAACUGCACUGUUAUUGCACAUAAUUGCUUUAUCUUGUAUACAGUAAUGGAUCUUAAUGGAUAUGUUGAUAUGAACCUUGUUUUGCCACAUAUAUCUACACUCUAAAAAUGCAUCAAAAUCAUGGACAAACCCAACUGUUGGGUUAUAAAUUAACAUAUACUGGGUUGUUUCAAUCUGAAAUGCUGGGUUAAUUGAACCCAACGGUCGGAUUUGUCCCUUUCUUUCCCAACCAUUGGUUGAAAAUAACCCAGCAUUUUUAGAGGCUGUUUACAUGACAAUGUUUUAAACGGGAACAUUUUUAUCCAGUUUGACAUAACAACAGCGUUGUAAAACACAAACUUUUGAUGACUGGUUUCAAAAUGCAAGUUUUUUAUAAAUGACGCCUUGUCAUCUCUGUGUAAACUACGUAACCACGAAUCUAAGUCAUUUCAACUUACUAUUAUUUAUCUUGACUAGAGAUGAGUUGUUAUAACUAUAGGUGAGUUGUUAUAACUUAUAAAAUAUAGUUGAGAAAAGUCAACUUAAUUUUAUAAGUUGUGACAACUCAUCUUUGUUGACAUGACUUGUAAAUCUGAGUUGAUUUAACAAAAAAAUUUAAGGCAGCAAAUUUUUUUUUACAGUGUGUGUUAAUUCAGUCUACAGCAGUGGUUCUCAAACUUUUCAGUGAUGCCCUCCUUUGUGUAUAGGGUGCAUCCCUUUGCAGCACUGACAUUUUUUGUUGAAUUUACUUAAUUUUAUUAUGGCAAGAAGAUGCACACAAUAAAUGGAUUUAACUCCAGAUAUAUUUUUUAAGUCGAGUGUACUUAUAUUUUAUAAGUAAUUUCUGAUUAAUUACAUUCAUAAACUAUUUUGAGUAAUAUUUACUCAUUUUUUAUGUUCAGUACACUAAAAUUA